AUGCCUCGUUACAAAGAUGAGUCCCCUGCAGUUCGUGUUUACACUGUCUCCGAUGAAUCACGAUAUUUGAUUGUGAGGAACGUUCCGGCAUUAGGUUGUGGUGAUGAUUUGCUGCAACUGUUUUCAUCCUAUGGAGAAGUUGAGGAGUGUAAGCCAAUGGAUGCUGAAGAAUGUGAGCAAUUCACUGAUGUUUAUUGGAUCAAGUUCCGUCUUUUCAAUAAUGCCAGGUUUGCGAAAAGAAAAUUGGAUGAGUUUGUUUUCCUUGGGAACCGACUACAGGUUUCGUAUGCUCCCCAUUUUGAGAGUUUGUCUGAUACAAAGGAUAAAUUGGAAGGAAGAAGAAGGGAGGUUUUAGCUCGAUUGAACCCUAGAAGAUCUAAAGAGACUAUAGCGUCAAGCUCUAGGCCCCUAAUUGCUUCGAACACCAGUUUCCCAUCAGAACCUUUAGAUACUAAUUCAAGGAAAGCAGAAUUUGAAGAAAGGCCGAACAACAGUAUUCUUCCAAAAAGAACGGUUUCGUCUAACGAGGAUUAUUUUUCAUCCCAUUCCAUGAAUCAAACAGUGAGGAUUGUCAGGGAUAAGCUUGAUAAGAUUGAAUCUAGUGGCGGGCAUCUGGAAGCUGGAUCAACAUCCAAAAAAGCACGAGUCGAUAAUAGGAGGAGGAUUUAA